AAACUAUUAUGUCUAUAAAUGGGACCUGUUUGCUGCAAACUGUCAGUGCCUGAGGGAUAGUGCUGGAUUAAAAAGUAGACUCCAAAUGACUUAAAUUCUGCGUAUCCACACCAUCUAAAGCUGGAGAGUAUUGGUCACAGGACUAUAAAGUGGAAUUUUAUCUUUGCAUUUGCUAAGUCUGCCUGAGUGCCACCAACGCUUACUCCAUAUACUUGUCUCAUCGCUGACCUGGAGGGCACCGCAGCAAAGGAACCUUUCCAUAUACAGUGGGAGUGCCGAUACUGAAGGAUGAGAGAUAUCAGAAUAUAGCAGGAAGCAGUGCUGCCAUGGACUCUGCAGAAGUCAGCCAGCCGAAUGGUGCACACAAGGAUGAGGAGACCACCAAAGUGGAAGCACACGUUAGCCUCACAGUGCCAAAAAAGAAAGAUGAAGGUAUGUCGCCUGCUCGAAUGUUGCCUAGUGAUGUCAGCCGUCAACUUUCAGAGAUGCAAAUUGUGUCAUGGCACUUGCUCAGCGACAUUCAGAAUAAAAUUAGCACAAUACAAGAGGAAGCUGUGUUACACAAGUCGAAACUCGGCCAAGCUUACAGGAGCUCUCAUCGCUUACUGGAAAUAGAAGAGGAGAGGAGACUGAUUGAGAAUAAACAUACAGAGGAUAAAGUAGUAAAUGAGUUAGAGGACAAGGCUUUGAAAUUGGUGGGACUGAUGCAGGAACUGGAAAAAACAAUAGAGACAAAGCAACAAAUAAGUAUCAUUGACGCUCAGUUAAAGACAUUGAAGACAUUGGCAAGGUUUGAGGUGGAACUGGAUGGAUAUGACUCUCCGGUUCAGAGCCGCACCACAAAAGAAAUGCAGCAUAUGGUGAAACCAAUGCUAGAAUCAAUACUAUUUGACCCAGAAAGUGCGCAUCCGAAUCUCAUUCUGUCCGUGGACCGCAGACAAGUCAGAUUUCAGGCUUGUCCUCAGAUGAGGGAGCCAAGCAAACAGUGUUUCCAGCCAGGGCUUUAUGUCCUGGGAAUGCCUGGAUUUCAGUCUGGACGGCACUAUUGGGAAGUGGAUGUGGGCAAGAAGAGUAAUUGGAUUAUCGGUGUUGUGAGAGAGUCAGUGGAACGCAAGGGAGCAUGGGAGCUGCAUUCAUCAAACGGCUACUGGGUUCUACGCAAGAAAGAUGAUAACGUGUUUUAUGGCAUUGGGGACACCCAUUCAAACCUACAAUUGAAAACCUUGCCUCUAAGGAUUGGUGUUUGUUUAGAUUUAUUUAGAAGUCAACUGAGCUUUUACGAUGCUGACACCGCAAAUCUAAUAUUCCAACUGUCUAUUUGUCUUGUGCAGGAGAAAUUGUUUCCCUUUUUUUGUCCUGGAAUCCCUGUAAGAGAAGAGGACUGGUGCCCGCUAACUCUGUGCAUGUAAAGAUCUACUUUGGUUAUUUUUUAAUGAUGCUCCUACUUUCAAGUAUGGUGUUUUCUGUGGAGAGUUCAUAGACUGCAGAUGGGCUGAUCUGGAUCCUUGGCAUGAACCCAGUGAUAGGUCCUUCUCAAUACUUGAUGAGAUCUUGGUCAGCUGGAUCACUUCUGGCCUACACUGGAGCCUGGUUGUCUGGUAGCAAUAUGGCUGCACACAGAGCAAAUAACAGUCAACUUCCAAGUGAACUUUCCAACACCUCUGACUCCAAUGUUCUGCUGAGAUAUUUCUUCCCAAAUGCCCGAUAUCACAGUCAUAGUUGCCGCUUGGUCUAAUUCCAGGGAGGAUGAGAGGUUUUAUAGAUCUGCCCCUGGAAAUAUCCCUAUUUUCGGUGCUGACCAACUACACAAUAAAAUGUAUUUAUUUUUCUUUAUUUUAAGAUGCAACUUCUCUCAUGUACUUCUAUUCUAUAAGGGGGAAUUCAAUAUUUUAUGGGCACCCGGUAAAGCUAUCGAGUUGUUUUGCAGAUCAGGCAUGAGUGCUGUGGGCGCCCAUUAUUUCUGCUCACGCCCUCCUAAGGUGGUGAGCAGAAAUUAGUGAAAAGUUGGGCUUGUGUGCUCCCAAACUGCAGUUUUGGCAGCAUGCCCAAAAGCUUAAACAUGCAUUUGGGCGCGACAAGUGCAAAAAAGUAAUGGGGGCCAGCAGCUCUUGCACCCAUCUGCAAAACAACGGAAUAGCUCCGUCGGGCCCCAUUACUUAUGAGCAUGCAAAAAACAAUUUAAUUCCCACCUAUAUACUUUAUUAAUGAACAUUAGUUGAAAAGUAGAAUUGAAAUUGACAAAAAGUGGACUAAAAGCCAAGUUUAUAUACAUGACAUAAUGAGGUAGUAAUGGAAUAUAAACAAAGAAAUGUAAACGAAUGUAUUAAUUAUACAAGGAAAUAUAUUGCAGGUUGUUAUUUUUAACGGUUCGCUAUUUGUUAAAACUGUUGGUAACAAUAGUUCUCUAAUGAGUCACGAUGUGGUUUAUCAGGUAUAUAAAUCACUUAUUAACAGCCCUGAAUAAGAAUAACGUGCUCCUGUUCCUUAUACACAGCAAUCUUAUAGUUGGUGAGACUAUUCACAAGAGUGCCGCCUAUGAAUUCACUAGGAUCAGUGACAUAAUUGAAACACUCUAAUGGCCUUCAUGAAUUGGGUUGCAAUGUACUCCCCUGCUGUUUGCGGUCACAGGGCCUAAUUCACUAUGGAUCGCUAUUGAGGAUGAAUUAGCAAAUUUCACAAACCUGCUAAUGCUAAAAAUCGCAUGUGAAGAAAGGGUAAGACACCCACCGAUGCGUUUGCAAAUCUGCAUAUGCAUUAGCAGAAUCACAAUGCAUACGCCAAAAAUGAGCACAAUCGACAGAUGCGGCUGGCCCCAGCCAUGACACGCCUGCAUUUUCCCAACCACUCACUACAAACGCCAUGUUAUCACCCACGAACGGUCACUUCCUGUCAAUGAAAAUGCGUUGUCUUUACAAUUAGGCUGCAUACGCAGUGCGAUCGCAUUUUGCCAUUCACGCAUGCGCAGUGCGUUCACAGCACAUGCACAGCCUGCUGAUAAUCGCUCACUGAGGGUAAUCUCACAUUUACAAAUGGUAGUGAAUCAGGCCCACAUUGUGCUUAAGGGGUGUAGUAUGUUAUGCCGGCGGUCGGGCUCUCGGCGGCCAGCAUACCGGCGCCGGAAUCCCAACCGCCGGCAUACCAACAGCUGGGUGAGCGCAAAUGAGCCCCUUGUGGGCUCGCUGCGCUCACCACGCUACGGGCACGGUGGCGCGCUACGCUAUAUAUUCUCCCUCCUGGGGGGUCGUGGACCCUCAAGAGGGAGAAAAGCCGGAAAACUGAAGACCACCCAUGUUUAAGUUGCAGGCACUUUAAUGCACAAUUUUGAGGUUGGUAUAAACACUUUCAAGUGCUUUGGUACAAAAUACAGUAAAAACAUCUCUAUAUUCUUCAUUAUGAGAAUAUUAUAGCACUUCUAGAGCUUUGUAAUACUGUUAGCAUUUCUCUUUUAAUAAAACAUGUAAUA